UCAUGCAUGCAUUUUUUUGUAUCAUCUUGUAAUUGUUGUAAUGAAAAGGUAAGUGAGUAAGAUGUCUGGCAGCCCAUCCAUGUGCCUCAGAUGCAGUCAGCAUGAAUUCACAGACAGACAGAGUGUAUCCCUCAGGAUCCUGCUGCAUAGCCAGCGUGUCAGCACUGUCAGCCUGCAGCAGAAUGCCGAUGCUUGACACAUUCCCUCUCCUUUAGUUCUGUUACCACAGCAUAGCCUAGCCUAGCCUAGCCUAACAUAAUCUUGAAACUGCCAAAAGACCCAGUAGAGGUUUCCUCUCUUUAUUUUUUGUUAAAGAAAGAAAAAUAAUAGAUGCAGUACAAAACAGGAAGGUAAUGGGUUAAUCUAGUGUUUGGGUACACAGUGUGUCUUAGGGAGUGUCUUCAAAGAGGAAGAUGAGAGAAAACGUGUAUAUACAGUAGCUUCCUGUGUGAGUCAUUGGAACCAGGCUGCCGUUGGAGCUCACUGUUUUCAGCCCUGAGAGGUUUUUGAGACACUCCUCUGAGCACCGCAAAAGACAGCGUGCCCGUAUACAGUCAUGUGAGGAAGGGAGGAACCCCAGCUCAUGCCCUUUGUAAUGGUAGCGGACUGAGAGCUGAGGAAGUGAACAGCACACUCUGAAACAAGAGGCCGUUUGAUAGCAGGCCUUUGAAAAGCUGAAACAUUCAACAAUGGAACCCGAGAAAGAGCUACAGAGUGAUGAACAUCUAGAGGAUGGAGUAACUCCAGACACAGAGGGGUGGAGAACGCAAAGAGGGCAUCAGGAUGAAGGAGCGAAUGAUGAGGUCAUGGAUGCAGUAUUGCAGAGAGGAGGAGAAAAGGAAGAGGAGCAGGAAAUCCAGUAUGGAGCCUCUGUGUCGUCCUCCUCCUUGGAUCCCGACACUCUGCCCCCAUCCCUGGCUGCUGCCCCGGCGCUGAGGCUGGUUCUGCUUGGGCAGACGGGCGCAGGCAAGAGCGCUGCUGGGAACUGCAUCUUGGGACGUGGGGCGUUUGAGACGAAGGCUUCAGAGGGAGCCGCUGGGACGAGUGAAUGUGAGAGUAGAGCUGCAGCAGUUGCUGGGAGACAGCUGACAGUGGUGGACACUCCAGACUGGUUCAGCUCAGAGCUCUCCCCAGAGGAGGUGCAUCGUCAGAUCCGCUCCUGCCUGGCCCUCGUGGCCCCCGGGCCCCAUGCCUUCCUGCUGUGUGUCCCCGUGGACCAGCCAGCCUCCAUGGAGCUCCUGGGGCUGGAGGCCCUUGAGAAGGUGUUUGGCCCUGGGGCCGUCAGCAGGCACACCCUAGUCCUCUUCACCCACAUGGACCGCCUGCCCGAGGGAGUCACCCUGGAGGAGUAUGUGACCAGCAGGGAGCGCCAGGACUUGCUAAAGCUGGUGGAGAGGUGUGGGAACCACUACCAUGCCCUUGAGAGAGGAAGAGGAGAAGGAGGAGAAGGAGAACAGGAGGAGAAGGAGAGAAGGAGUGUGGAGGAGCUGCUGGAGAAGGUGGAGCAUGUAGUGAGGGAGAGCGGGGCGGACUUCCACACCUGGCCUGCCCCCCAGGAGCCUAAGAAGCUGAGGAGAGACAGGGAAGAGGGGCAGGGGGCAGAGAGACAGCCCGUCUCUGUCUUGCCCUCCUCGCCGUCACAUCCAGAGCAGGAGGAAGAUGCUGAGGGGCCCGCACAGGCAACGGAAACAGACACGGAAGACGAUGACGACUUCACAGAAGGUGAUGACCCCUCGCUCGCUCCCGACGUGCCCCCUCCCUCAUUCCUCUGGGGAUUGUGGGAUACAAUGACGGGGUGGUUGAGCAGUGUGCCGGGGCUGGUGAGGGGCUGGGCCCUGCUGGGGGCCCUGGUGGGGUUCUUUGUGGGGGGGCCAGCAGGGAGGAUGCUGGGGGUCACAGUGGGCUCGGUGGGCUCCGAGGUGGGCAGGAGGAGGCGUGUUAAGAAGACCCAGUGAAAUUGCACACAAAGCAGAGACAAGCGUUUACACUGUAUAAUGCAUGGAAGCUUUACAUUAAUGUUUGCAGUAGAGUAUGCAGCUACAAAGCAAGGAAACAUAAAGGCGUUUGGCUGGGAGAGAGCCCUUUUUUUCUGGGGAGCCACAGUGAGGCUGAUCCUACAGGCUGAUUCUAUCACAUUUAAGGCUCCUACUGUUUUAAUUGCAAUUGCAUCAAUCAGUCAACUUUUAUUUACACUUGAGAAAACACACACUGGCACAUUUUAUCACUGCUGUGCCACAUUAUUAAAAAAGAACUAAACCUGUACACAGGUUUACAAAAAAGGCUAAUUCAUAUGACAACAACCCCCAUUAAACUGUGUUUAAAAUUACUGCGAAAUAAAACUGGAAAUAAAAAUAAAAUAAGAUCCAUGUACAGAAUGCUAGAUAUCUAAUUAAAACAUUAUCUGCAACUGAGGCAUUCAAUUGGCUGUGUAGUGUUUAGAUGAGGAACCAGAAAUAAAAAUGUAAUCAAUGGGAUAGAAUAUCAACAAAUAUCCAUAUAAUAAGUCUAUACCAAUAUAAAUAUUUGUGUUACUGCCAACUCAAUUUUUACUUUAACAUGGCAAAUCCAAGCAUUAAUCUACAAGUUUUCCUCCACCUGGUGUUCUAGGUAUAUGCGAUAAGGCAGAUAAGCAUCCGUGCCCAACUGAAGGUGCACUCAUUAAGCAAUGCACCAACAUAUUUAAAAAAAAAAAUUACAUUGUAUUAGAAACCUGUAAUAUCACCAGGUUUAGGGAACAAGUCUGAUAAGCUACAGAUCUGUAUUAUAGAUUACCCUCGCUUAUUUUAGCAUCUUUUAAAUAAGAUCAGAAAUAACAUCUAACAAGAUAUGUCACAUGAACAUCAUGUAGACAUAAACAUGAUCUGGCAUGAUCAGCUUUGUAAUGUAGGCCUGACAAUAAAUUAAAGAGUCACAAAUCAAUGAACCACUUUCCAUCUGGAUAUGAGUAGUAUGAUUUGCAAUUUUAAAAAACAUGUAAUUACUUUAAUGAGUCAGCUCAGCUCUCACUGUGGUUCUCCAGGGCCUCUGACUACUGAUUUCAAGGCUUCAAUUUAGUGCACACUACCUAUAAUAUAAGGCUAUAAUUCAGUUGCACUCUGGACAAUAGAUGGUUCUCUGAGCUAACUGAUUACUGAGGUAAAAACACUGAUCUUAAUAUCUGGUUUAUGUAUUUGCUUAACCCUUGAAUGUAAAUGUAUUAAACUUAAUAACCAAUACGAUUAUUAUAAAACAUGAA